GCGAGUCCACAAAUUAAUAACAGAAAAAAAAAUCUAUUUUCGGACAUCAACCGAUAGUUGAUUCUGGAGUUUAGAUUCGAUGCGAUAAUAGUAUAGCAAACAAACAUGUUCAAGUUGGUCCUAGUAUCUGCUCUUGUAGCCGCGGUUUCCGCUGCGAAUCCCAGGAUUCCACAACUCGAUGGUCGCAUCAUCGGAGGCCAAGAUGUCAACAUCGAGGACUACCCAUACCAAUCGUCUCUUUUGUUUUUCGGUGGCCACGUUUGCGGUGCUUCUAUCCUCAGCGACAGGUUCGUCCUGACCGCCGCCCACUGCACCCAAGGAUCUACUCCUAAUGAAUUGAGCGUCCGCGCCGGAUCUUCCCACAUGGGAACCGGAGGCGUCGUUGUCCAGGUCAAGACGAUCUUGACAAACCCACAGUACGACCCAUGGACCGUCGAUUACGACAUGACCCUCUUGGAAUUGGAAGAACCUCUUCCAUUGGGUCCCGGUAUCCAGACCAUCGCUUUGCCAAGAUCUUCUCAAACCGUGCCUGUAGGUUCUCAAGCCGUCGUCUCCGGAUGGGGCGUUACCGAAGAGAAUGGCCCAAGCUCCCUGCAACUCCAAGCUGUUAACGUGAACGUCGUCAGCAGCCAAGACUGCCAAGAAUCAUACGGAAGCACCCCAGUCACCGAACGCAUGAUGUGCGCCGCCGUUCCUGGAGGAGGAAAGGACGCUUGCCAAGGUGAUUCUGGUGGCCCAUUGGUUGUCAACGGUGAACUCGUCGGUAUCGUUUCCUGGGGAACCGGAUGCGCUCGUCCCGAAUACCCAGGAGUCUACGGCAACGUCGCAUCCAUGCGCGACUUCAUCACCGAAAACACCGGUUUGUAA